AUGGCAUCUUGCAUUACUAAUUGUUUGCUUGAAUGGGGUUUGGAUAAUGUGUUUACUAUUACAGUUGAUAAUGCUAGUUCUAAUGAUGUUACUGUGAAAGAAAUGUAUAAACAAUUGAGUAAUUGGGGAAUUAACAUUAUGGAUGGUGACCAUUUUCAUGUGAGGUGUAUGGCACAUAUCCUUAAUCUUAUUAUGCAAGAUGGGUUGAAGGAAAUUGGUAAGUCUGUCAAGCUAGUGAGACAAGCCAUGAAGUACAUUAAACAAUCUCCCGCAAGACUUAGAAAGUUCAAAGAAUGUUGUGAAUCUCAAUUGAUAGCUUGUAAGAAAUCAUUGUGUUUAGAUGUUCCCACUAGGUGGAACUCUACAUAUUCGAUGCUUGAUGUAGCACAACAUUAUGAGCUUACAUUUGAAAGAUAUAGUUUUUAUGAUAUUGGAUACUUGAAUCAUCUUCGUACCUUUUGUUCUAUUUCUUCUGAAGAUGAAGAUAGAACUAGUGCAAAUAUUCUUACAAGUGCUGACUGGAAAAGUGCUGACUGGAAAAAUGUGAGGUCAAUGGUGAAAUUUCUUGAAACUUUUUAUGUACUUACUUUGAAGGUCUCUGGUUCUAAUUAUGUCACUAGCAAUACACACUUUGUUGAAAUUGCUGAACUUAAUCUUAUUUUGAAAGAGAUGAUGGAAAAUGAAGAUGGUAAUUUGAAAGAAAUGGCAAAAAGUAUGAAGGAAAAGUUCAAAAAGUAUUGGGGUGAACCACAUAAAAUGAACAAGAUGAUCUUUAUUUCAUCAGUGUUGGAUCCCCGUAACAAGCUUGAUUAUGUUCCAUUUGCAAUUGUGGAUAUGUUUGGAAAAGAAGUAGGGGACAAGCUAUGUUCAGAAGUGAAAAAUACAUGA